UCUGGUUGAGUCCGAGAGCCGGUGAAGGAACUGAGAGUGUGGGAAGCUGGCGGGUGGUGAGCGAUAGAGUUGGGGGGGGGGGACAGGACAGGACAGGACACCACAGCAGGGCAGGGCACGGCACGGCACGGCACGGCACGGCACGGCACGGGACAGGCGGCCGGAGCAGCACAGGCUUCGCACCUAGCGACAAGAUGAAGGAGUCACGCUUCAGGGACAACUUCUGGAGUACAGACAUAACCAGCACUGUUGGCUAUGACAAUCUGAUUCAGCACAUGAAUGAUGGACGGAAAACCUGCAAAGAGUUGGAGGAUUUUAUCAAACAGAGGGCUUCCAUCGAGGAGAGAUACGGGAAGGAUUUGGUUUCAUUGUCAAAGAAAGUGUGUGGACAGAAUGAACUGAAUACACUGAAGAGAGCAUUUGAUGUCUUUAAACAACAGAUGGAGAAUGUGGGAUUAUCACACAUUCAACUAGCAAGCAGUUUACGGGAAGAAGUCAGAAAACUGGAGGAAUUCCGGGAAAAACAAAAGGAUCAAAGAAAAAAAAUUGAACAUUGCAUGGAAAACUUGCACAAACAGAAGACAAUGUUCUACAAGAAAACUAUGGAUUCCAAGAAGACCUAUGAGCAAAAAUGUAAAGAAAAGGAUGAGGUUGAACAGAUGUUAAAUCGAAGUGCUGGUGUCAGCAACUCCAAACAGCAGAGAAAGUUGCAGGCAAAGGCAAACCAGAGUAAGCAAAGUGCUGAAGAUGCCGAUCGACUGUACCAGCAGAAUGUUUCCACUCUGGAGAAGAUCCAGGAUGAGUGGCAAAUGGAGCACAUCAAGACCUGUGAGUUCCUUGAGAAGCAGGACUGUGAGAGGAUACACAGCAUUCGUAAUGCUAUGUGGGUUCACGCCAAUCAGCUCUCCCAGGAGUGCGUGACCAGUGAUGAGAUGUAUGAGGAAAUACGGAAGGUGUUGGAACAGUGCAACAUUCAGAAGGACCUUGAAUUCUUCAUUGAUUUGAAAAGAAGUGGAGACACACCACCAGCCCCCGUCGUAUACGAGAACUAUUACAGUGGACAGCGAGGGCUGCCUCUGAGCCGAGCUCCUGCAAACCCGAGACGUAUGCCUCUACCAAACCCUGAGAAUUCAGCAUGUGAACCACAAUAUGCCUCUGUUGGAGACAAUGGUUACAGUUUCAUUCGGUACCAUUAGCAGUGUUACAUCCUGGAUCUCAACAGCACAAAUGCUAACAGGUGCUCUGUGAUGUUGGAAUAUCAACAUACUGGUCAUCAAGAGGUGCAAGAUCAUUUGAAGAUGAUGAUUUGGGAUACUGUCAUAGAAUUCAGCUCUUGCUGCCAGAAUUUAUACAUGCAUAUAUAUUUAUCUAUUUCUACAUUACACCAUACACUUAAGGUGGCAAUCUCAAUUAGGAAGGAAUUGUGAUUUCACUGUUUGCCUCUUUCCUCCCUCCACCCCAUUGUCAAACCAUCUGAUUAAUUCCACAAAGGCAUGUGUCCUUUAUAGCUCUGCUGGUUAAUUUCCAAGUAACUGCUAUGUGGGAGGCAUGCAAUUAAAAUCUCCACUUGAGUGCUGACUGAUCAAGGGUGGAGUGGUGGUAAGGGUCUUAGAAUUAGCCUCUGUGCCACUGGGUUAAAAUGAGAUCAACAGUACUUGUUAUCCAGGGAUGUUGAAACAAAUUACUAGCUAGCACCUAUAAAUCUACACUUAGCUGUUGAAGAAAAAUAAGGAAAAGAUUCUUCUUCAAUGGGAUUGUCAACUGAAAGCUGCCAUCUAAUUAUGAAGAAAUGCUCAUUCUGCACAGUCUAUCUGACCAUUUGAAAUAUGUUGAUAGGUAAGUGUUAAAAUGGGAAUACAUUUCCAAACAAAAAUAAUUGUAGUGGUUUCUUAAUGAAGCCCAGCACGUGCAUCCUCAAUACCAAUUGGUGUAAUAGAGGCUGUGGGGUUUGGGUGGAAGGAGGGUGGUUGGACAUUGGUGUUAGUGGAUUUUUUUGGGAGAGGAAGUUGGGUAAAACUUUUUUGUAAUGUAUGUUAUGUUUGCUAACCUCCAAAUAACAGUGUGAACAACAAAAAAUUGAUCCACUUCUCUGCCUUCAUGAUUUUAACUAACUGCAAUGGACUGUGCUCAUUGAACGAGUUUGCUAAUAGCAUGGGUACUUUGAGAUAUUGGAGGAAGUCACAGGCCCUUAUUUUCUGCUUCAGGUUAUUUCAGUCCUUCAACUCAGUCUCUCUUGUCUCAUUCAAGAGGGCAGUGUGCUGUUUCCAUUUUGCACGUGCCAGCUUGCAGGUGAAAUAUCAGCUUUAAGUGGGCAAAUGAUACACCAAACUAACAGGGACCAUUCAUUUACUUGUCACUGUAAUUUAUGACUCUCAUGCCUUUACCAGCCGGGUGAAUUUACUACAUCUUGUGUACUGUGGGCCUCGAGUUUAUUUCUUGUGUAAACUAUUUCUGUAUUAAUAGUGUAAUUAAUAUGAAGGGUGGCUGUCAUUUUUUUUAAGACCACCUCAAUCCCUGGAUCAGUUCCUGGGUUUUAUUUUCUUGCAGUACAUGACUCAGCAGCUAUGUUAAAAGAUCUUUCAUUGGCUCCCUGUGAGAGUCUGAGCAGCAUUAGACAUUCUCCCCAUUGCGGUGCAAUUCAUUUUUCCCUGCUGUUCUUAUUGUUCAGUUCAUUUAAAAUAAAAAUUAAUUCUAUUCCAAGCACAAAAGUAGAGCUUUUGAGCACUUGCAAAGUGGAUUCACUUUUAUACUCGCAGCUCCAGUCAGGGACAUGGAUAAGUGGGGCCUACUGUAACUUGUAAAACAGCAGACAUUUGAAAACUAUAAGAUUUAUAUUUUUAAGCAGCAUCUUAAUAAAAGGAGUAACUGGAAGUCAAGAACUAUGGUAAAUACAACUAUAUAAAUUUACUUGUAAUAUUUUUGUAACUAAGUUACUGUUGAUUAGAAUAAAAACAAAUGCUGGAAAGACUCAGCAGGUCAGACCACAUCUGUGGGAAGAGGAAUGGAGUUAAUGUUUUGGGUCAAAGACCCGUUGGCAGAUUAUUGUAGCAAUUAUGGUAUUAAUUCACACUUGAAUACUGGCCACUACAAUAGACGAUGCCUGCACUCCAGGAAGAGAUCCACACCUUUGGAAGGGCAAAGUUGAAGUAAAGCCUUAGUGGGUUGGCCAUCUCGGAUGGAGUUUUCUUGUCAGACAGCUUAAAGGCAUGAGAAAAAAAACACCAUAGGUACUGCUAAAUAUUAAUAACUCACAUUGAAAUGUUCAUUCAUUUCCUGAAGAAGUGUUAAGUAACUUGCUAAUUAAGCAUUAUUUAUUUGAUGCUCGAGUUUUACAGCAGGGAAAUGGGUGGUUUUUGUUGGAAAAUCAAUUGUAACCUUUAAACCAAAUAAUUUGUGUGGAUACUAGAUAAUGCUUCCAAAAUUGUUUUAAAUGCAUUUAAUAUUGAUUAUUUAACUGUGUAGAAAAAUGCACACACUUGACUGCUUUCUUGAAAUGAUUUAAUACUGUAAAAUGGGCGAUUCCCAAUUGGCAGUCCAUUUCAUCUUUCACAGGCUUAACUGGAGAGAUGUAAAACAACUAACUAUCAUACUUUCUACAUAAAGGCAAGGUCUACCCUUUAAUAAAAUUUAAAAUGUACUCCUUCCAUUAAAAAUUGUUUGUCAAAUCAGAAAA